UAUAAAAUCCGAACCAGAAAGCCCUAACCCCUCGUUGUUGAUUCCCCUCGAAGAGCCGCUCCUCACCUUCCGAACCAGACAGACACAGAUCCUCCAAACACCACCACAAUGACAAAGAGAACGAAGAAGGCCGGAAUUGUUGGCAAAUAUGGUACUCGUUAUGGUGCCAGUUUGAGGAAGCAAAUAAAGAAGAUGGAGGUCAGUCAACACAGCAAGUACUUCUGUGAGUUCUGUGGAAAGUAUGCAGUAAAGAGAAAGGCCGUCGGAAUCUGGGGCUGCAAGGAUUGUGGGAAAGUUAAAGCCGGCGGUGCUUAUACUAUGAACACCGCCAGUGCCGUUACGGUGAGGAGUACUAUUAGGAGGCUGAGGGAGCAAACUGAGAGCUGAGCUACCACCAACGGAGUAUCGACUUUGGUAUGAUGUUUUUUUUUUUUGCUUGUUUUGGCUGCAACCAAAUUGAGACAUAUUAUUGAAAGUAAUGUGUUAUGUACUUGAUUCUCAAUUUUGUGUCUUUAACUCUGGUGUUGGAACUUUAUUUAUAUUGAAAUAUUCAGUACUUUGUUUUC